CCGAGUGUCGCAGAGACGGGUCGCGCACUGACAGACGGCAGGUGGUUUAGCUUCCCGCCGACUUGAAGACACUCGAAACUACAAGUUUGAGAGGACUCCAGACAGACAGGGAUGAUACGGCUACACCAUUGUGCGUGUGCUGACAGUGGUUAGCUCGUGCUAGCGAGGGUUAGCUUGGUCGACGGGGAUGGUUCUUCAAUAACAUUCGAGAUGGAGGACAGUGAUGGAGAGGAAACACCCGAGCUGCCUCUGGAAAUUGUCAUUUACAUCCUGAGUUUCCUUCACGCCUCAGACCGGAAGGAAGCCUCCCUUGUGUGUCGCAGCUGGUACCUUGCAAGUCAGGAGCUGUGUUUUCAGAAGAAUGUCACAUUCUGCUUCCCGGCGUCUGCGUCCUCCUUGGACCUGGUCCGAGGUCUGGGGAGGAAGUCCCAGUGCAGUCUGGUCAUCAGUCAGCUGGAUGGGUUCAGCAUGUCACGGUCACUGUUGCUAGAGGUGGGUCAGUGCUUGGGCUCCAAGCUGGAGAGCCUGGCUCUGCCCGGCAGCAGCAUCACAGAGGCAUCUCUGCUGACCCUGCUCCCUCACCUCACCUCCCUCCGCAGGCUGGACCUCCGAGGUCUCGACAGCCUUUUUAUGUCUGGAGCGUUCCUCUCCAGGGAAGAGCACCGGCGCCAGGUCAGUUCUGCCCUGCGGGGGCUGGAGGAGCUGGACCUGUCUGAUCUCCGCUACCUCUCCGACCUCACCUUCAACCGCCUGACCGGCUGCACGCCGAGGCUCCGCAGUCUGUCGCUGGCGGGGUGCCACAUCGCGUUUGAGUUUGACCCCUACCGUGGCUGCCCCGUGGGCGCCGUGGAGGACUCCUCGGCUCUGCUGUCCCUGAGGAACCUGCGCAGGCUGCUGACAGAGCAGAAGUCCACUCUUGUAGCGCUGGACCUCAGCAGAACGUCCAUCACGCCUGAGUCGCUGCGGACUAUCGCUCAGGUUCCAGGGCUGGUGCUGCAGGAGCUCCGCCUACACGGCUGUAAGGAGCUGACUGACUACUCCGUGGAGAACCUGGUGAGACGACAGUCCCUCAUCCAGAGGCUGGACAUCAGCGGCUGCACCGAGCUGACCAGCCGAGCCGUCGUCGCCAUCGCACGCGACCUGAGCUCGCUGACUCACCUCUACUUGUCCUGUGACUGGAGGAUCACAGAGAAAGGCCUCGCUGACUUGCUGUCCCUGUCCAACCUGAAGUGUCUGGAUCUGUCCGAGUGUCUGCACAUCAGCGGUGCGGAGAUCGUGAAGGGCCUGUCCACCUCCAACAGCGACAGAGCUCAACUGGAGACGCUGAAGCUCACCAGCUGCGCCUACAUCCGGGACAUCACAGUUUUCUCGCUCUCCCAGCUCCUCAGAGGAACUCUGCGAGAGCUGGACUUGACCUCGUGUGUCAACGUGACUGACUUGUCUCUGCACGCCAUCGCCACCCACCUGAAGGGGCUGCUGGUGCUCAAACUGGGCUGGUGCACUGAGGUGACAGACUGGGGUCUGCUCGGGAUGGUGGAGACGGCCAAGUGCGAGACAGAGGAGGAGGAGUGGGACAAGAGCCCGCGGUUCACCCGCACUUUUGGCAACAUGGGCUUCUUCAAGCCGCCUCCUCUGCCUUACGAGGAGCAGCCCAAGAUGUUGACGCAGAACGCCAGGGAGACGCUGAAGCAGCAGACUGGGGCGUCGCUGCUGUCCCUGCGGCGGCUGCAGCAGCUGGACCUGACGGCCUGCUGCAAACUCACCGACCACGGCAUCACACAGGUGAUACAGCACCCAGACCUGCAGCACCUCUCCCUGGGCAUGCUGCCCAAAAUAACAGACGCCAGCUUGGUGUCCAUCGCCCGUCACUGCCGCAGCCUCACCUCUCUGUCUUUGAGUCACUGCACCGAGAUCAGCGACGCAGGCCUGACGGCGGCGGCGCCCUUCCUGCACAGGCUGCAGCAUCUCUACCUCUCCUCCUGUCACAUCACCGACAGGUCCUUACUGGUCCUGAUCAAACACUGCAGGCGCCUCAAGACUCUGGACAUCUCCAAGUGCAAAAACAUCACUGGAACCAUGGUGGAGCUCCUUCAGUCUCAUAUGCCAUAUUUGGAGAACAUUCACUACAAAUUCCCAGGUGGGACUGACCUGAGUCUGACUCUCUGACAUCACUUCCGCCAACAACCUGCUGACCAAAGAACUUUUUUUAAAGACUGUAAAUCCAUGUCUGACAUCAUCUUCACGCCUGCUGAAACGACGGGACAUUCCUCCUCAGAGUGAGGAUGUUUUAAAUGUUAGUUUUACCUGUUUUAAUCAUAGAAUUGUGAGGAUAUUUUUUGGACUGUCUGACCAAAUAACCAGUGAUUGUAAAGAGUGUUGUAUUUAACUGGAGCAUGUCACCAAACCCCCUGUAAAGUUGAAGAAAUUAAAAAGGUUGAAAUUUCUUCAUCACCGUUAGAGAUCGGAAUCUUUGUCAAGAGUGCCAUCUAGUGGUUUCUGAAAAUAAUUGAAGGAGCAGUUCAGGAGUCUGAGACAAAAUGAAAGCGCAGCGUUCGUCGUGACUCGGUGAUGAGUGAAAGCUGUCGGUCUCUUCGGUACGAAUCUUUAUUCAUGCCAAAGCAGAGACAUCACAGUGCAUCUGGUAAAAACAGUCAUGAUGACGAAACACGAACAUCUAAUAUUAUUAUUAUCAUUAUUCUGAUGCACUGGAACCCGAGGAGUUGCUUCUAACAUCAUGAAGAGUCCAUCUUCAGACACAGAUUGGUACCGGGUCGUGAUGAAAUAUCAACUUCCUGCGUAAGAAAACCUUAAAUAUCAGCAUAUAUUAGCAGGACCACGUUUGAACUGUACCUGUCUUCAAGUGUGCUGCUGAAAUUCAACGAUAGCGUCCGUGUCAGUACAACAGUGAGCAGCUGCGACCAGCAGGAUGGUGAGCCAGAGGACAGAGGCGACAACAGCGGUGGACAAGCAGCCGACUCACAUGACAGUGACCCAGGAAAGUCUUGAAUCUAUCACCUGCUCCCUGCUUUGUCAGUUCACUCUCUGGAGCUCAGGGAGUCUGGAACAGUGGCUUGGAUGGACUGUGCAUGAGAUCAGAGGGGUCACAUGGGUCAAAUCAAUACAUGAUAUUCUCAAACUGACUUUGUUCUAGCCCCUAUUUCUCCCUAGAGCUUUGUCUGUUGCAGUGCAUUAUGGGGCUUGU